CUACCAAUCCCGACACACUAUUGGUUUGCAGUUGACGUUCACAGAAAGAGCCCGGUUUUUAGAUCAGCGUGAGAAGCUCUAAGAAACCCGAAACAUUAUAAGACAAGAUGGCAGCAUUACCUCGUAGGAUUAUUAAGGAAACGCAACGUUUGCUGGCAGAACCAGUCCCUGGUAUAAAGGCAGAACCAGAUGAAUGCAACUCACGCUAUUUCCAUGUAGUUAUUGCAGGUCCACAGGACUCCCCUUUUGAGGGUGGCAUUUUUAAACUUGAGCUCUUCCUUCCAGAAGAAUACCCUAUGGCAGCUCCUAAAGUACGUUUCAUGACAAAAAUAUAUCAUCCUAAUGUAGACAAGCUUGGAAGAAUAUGUUUAGAUAUUUUGAAAGAUAAAUGGUCUCCAGCAUUGCAGAUCCGCACAGUUUUAUUGUCAAUCCAGGCAUUGCUAAGUGCUCCCAACCCAGAUGAUCCUUUAGCAAAUGAUGUAGCUGAGCAGUGGAAAACCAAUGAAGCUCAAGCCAUAGAAACAGCCAGAGCGUGGACAAGGCUAUAUGCCUUUAAUAAUACUAUUUAAGUUUAAAAGUUAAGUGUGUAUCGCAACUAUUCUUCUGCCAAGACCUCUUCCUUCAGUUGCAUUUAAAGGACACCGUCUUAGAAACAUUGCAGAAUAAAUGCCUGGACAACUUCAGUCUUUUGGUGAUUAAAUGCUGUUAGCAGACUUGUGUCUUGUCCUAAUUCACUGUUGUAUCGCAUGAGCAGAGGCAAAAGCUGUCACCUGGCUCAUCUUCCUGGUUAAGACCAGUGGCUCACCUCUGCUUCACAUGUCACUUUGCAUUGUUCAACAGUAAGCACUGUGAAUGAAUUUAGUAGACUUUCAGAAAGUUGCAACAGUUUAAUUUUUAGUUGGGUGCCUGUACCCCUUUCCCUGUGAUGCUAAUUGCACAGCUGCAUAAAUUAAAGUACCAUUAUGCCAAGUACAUUUACUCCCCUAGAUGCUAUAGAUCAAAAAGCUUGGCUUUGUUUAAAUAAAAAAAAUUUGGGAAAAGGAGCCAUCGCUUAUAUAAUUGCUGUGCCAGAUGUAUGUACCCCCAGAUGAAUAUUUUUGACAUUUUGUAUGACUUGUCUGGAACAGUUCUGUAAAUCUUACGUUUUAGUAAAAUAUUUUUUUGUUCUA